CUCCAACCAAUCCCUCAUUCUCACCUACUCUUAAUAACCCCCCAUCCAAGGGGGUGGUAUCAAGUCUGUGCGUCUCCAAGUGAGCGUUGGUCUUUGAAGUUGGGAUUCCAGGGGUUGAUGAUGGCAAGGAAAUGCUCUUAUUGCGGGAAGAAUGGGCACAACUCAAGGACUUGCAGCAGUCCAAGAAGUCUAGGGGGUGCUGCUGGACUGAGGCUCUUCGGCGUGCAGCUUCACGUAGCUUCCCCCAUAAAGAAGAGCUUUAGCAUGGAAUGCUUAUCUUCUUCUUCUUAUCCUGCCUCUUCUUCCUCUUCCCCUUCGUCAUCAUCUUCUUCUCUCGCUUCUAUGGAGGAAAACGCUGACAAAAUUUCUAAUGGCUAUUUAUCUGAAGGCCUCAUGGGCAGGGCACAAGAGAGGAAGAAGGGAGUUCCAUGGACUGAGGAAGAGCACAGGACAUUUCUAGCGGGGCUUGAGAAGCUUGGAAAGGGAGACUGGCGAGGAAUCUCACGGCACUUCGUGACCACAAGGACUCCAACCCAAGUUGCGAGCCAUGCGCAGAAGUAUUUUCUCAGACACAACACCCUUCGCAAGAAGAAGCGUCGAUCUAGCCUCUUUGAUGUGGUUGGGAGUCGAGAAAGGACAGUUCCAUAUGAUGACUCCUCCAGGUUAAGAGAUCAGUCCUCAUCUGAGCUAGAAAUUCCUACUCCGACAGCAUGCCAUAAAGCUGGUGCCAGGACCACAAUCAGACUUGAUGCAUCAGAACAAGAAACCCAAAUGCCUUCGAGUCUUAAUCUGAUGUCCACCUGCGCGGUCUCAGUGAGCACAUCUCCAAGUAUCAUGUCACGAUCAUCUUCCUCGAUGGCAGAGGCUCAUAUUCAACUCCAAGAGCCUGAUUUGGAGCUUACCAUUGCCCCUAUGAGGCAGCCGAAUCGAAGUGAAGCAUCCCCAAGCUCUCUUUUCAUGGGGACCAUCAGAGCUACCUGAGUGGCUGGGGGGCAAGAUAUACGGAAGAGAUUCACCAGGCGAAGCGUAUUAAAGUUAUCGAGGAUCGUACUGAGGAGCAAGGUUGAAAGAAAACGCCAUUUCAGCCAUAUGUUAUUGGGUGUCGUGUCACAUAUGAAUAUAUAUGGUCAUAUGUUACGAAUAUAGAGAUGGAAUAAAGAGAUUUUUGCGCCGCUUUUGCAAGAUCACUGUUGCUUGUGGAGCUCGUUGAAUAUAUUAGAAGCGAUGCAGGUAGGAUGCCGUCGUUAUCAGUAAUUUGGAGCCGUUGGAGGUGAAAGAUGAGCUCACAAUAUUCGGAGCAUUUCACAUGAGAAGGACAAGCAAUUGUUUGAUGCAUGACUUUCACUUAACCUCGUCCCCACCACUUUCAACUUGGGAUAAGGCAGACAAAAGUGUAAUCCAACUUAAAUUUCAUGAAAGCAUUGGCUGCCAAGAUUCCUAUCAAGAACAUCUUCAACAAAUUCCAUUUUGAGAUUGCAUCUUCUUUUCUAA